AUGGUUUCUGUGCGGACAGCAGCCCUAGUGACACUUUUAGGGCAAUAUGCACAGGCGAUUCUCCCCAUACAUUUGAAAGGCGACAGGUUCAUUAGACCAGCGUCGCCCACCAGUGAGGCCGACGACAACAAUGCUUUCUUUGUGAUUGGUAUUGAUUACCAGCCAGGCGGGUCGUCGGCGUACGACGGACGGAAUGGCAGGGACGUUCUGUCGGACGAGGAACUGUGUGCGCGGGAUGCUGCAGUUUUCCAACAGCUCGGAGUCAACACAAUCCGGAUAUACAGUCUAAACCCUGAUUUGAACCAUGACAAAUGCAUGACGAUCCUCAAUAAUGCUGGUAUUUACGUUAUUUUGGAUGUUAACAGCGGCAACUACGGCGAGUCACUAAACCGCGCUGAUCCCUCGGGAUCUUACAAUGAAGACUAUUUGCGUCGCGUUUUUAAAUUCAUUGACGCCUUCAAGAAUUAUCCAAACGUGCUAGGAUUCUUUGCAGGGAACGAGAUUAUUAACGAUGAGAGAAACUAUGCUGAAAUCAACCCACAGUAUAUUCGAGCGGUUCAGCGCGACAUCAAACAGUAUAUAGAAAAGCAUGCGAACAGGAAAAUCCCAGUUGGAUACUCUGCAGCGCAAGUUUUGGAGUUACAAAAGCCAACCCUAAAUUAUUUGCAAUGUAAUUCCAAGGACGGCACGACAGAAGACGAAGAUUUGGAAGAUUCUCGUUCGGACUUUUUUGGCUUGAAUACCUACAAAUGGUGUUCUUCCAGCCAUAAUUGGCAGACAUCUGGCUAUGCGGAGAUGAAUCAGACAUACGCUGACACGAUUAUUCCGCUGAUCUUCUCCGAGUAUGGUUGUAAUCAGAGGACUCCGCGGACCUUUGAGGAGACCACUGAUGGCUUAUACGGGGGGUUGACUCACAGCUUCUCUGGUGGACUUAUCUACGAGUAUUCGAAUGAAGGUAACAACUAUGGUUUGGUUGAAAUUGAACAUAACGGUAACAUACGCUAUCGCAAGGAUUUUGAACAUCUCCAACAGCGCUACCGCUCGCUUAAGAUCCCUCAGAUCAAAGAAAGCUUACUAGAGGAUAAACUAUUUAUAUGUUCUGAUGAAAAGGUGGGCGACAAGAGGUUUGGUACCAAGGACUUCAAGAUUCCAGAGCAGCCUAAGGGCAUCGCAGAUAUGAUCAAAGAUGGCGCAAAGGGAUCAAACACGGGGUCCAUUUUAUCCAAUUACGCUGGACCUACCACUUUUCGUUACACUAUUUACGAUAGUGACAACAAAGUUGUACCUGCCACUGUUAGCUACGAUCCAGCAAACUUUCAAAACAGCUUGGGGACUGUGGUUUCAGUUUCUGCGCCUUCUUCCACGCAAUCUGAGCCGGCCUCAUCAUCUAAGAAUGCGGCUGCUCUUCCAACCUACUUGGCUAAAUGUGGUAUUUCUUUGCUUUUGGUUUCACUUGCAUCACUUUUGUGA